AUGCUCUACUUUGUCCUCGGGGCUUCCCAGGCUGAGCAGAAAUAUGCUGACGACGUGCGUGAGAUAGGAAUUUUGUUGACGGAGCUGAGGGGCGAUGCCCCGUCGGCCAGCACCGCAGCGGGCGUCGCCGCAGCGGGCGCUGCAGAGGCGACCAGCGCAGAGGCGACCAGCGCCGCAGCGGGCAAGGCGACCAGCGCCGCAGCGGGCGCAGAGGCGACCAGCGCAACAGCGGGCGCAGCAGAGGCGACCAGCGCAGCAGCGGGCGCAGCAGAGGCGACCAGCGCAGCAGAGGCGACCAGCGCCGCAGCGGGCGCAGCAGAGGCGACCAGCGCCGCAGCGGGCGCAGCAGAGGCGACCAGCGCCGAAGCGGGCGCAGCAGAGGUGACCAGCGCAGCAGAGGCGACCAGCGCCGCAGCGGGCGCCGCUGCAGAGGCGACCAGCGCCGCAGAGGGCGUUGCAGAGGCGACCAGCGCCGCAGGGGCGCCCGACACUCAGACAGACGAUAGCGCAGCGCCUGAGGACAGCAGUAUUGAGACGGACGACGUCAGCGCAGCGCAUGAGGACGGAGAGGACAGUCAGAGUUUCAAGACAGACAUCGCUGCUGGGCGCUGGGAUGAAUCAGAUCGGAAGGCACGCGACGAAGACGAUGUGGAGGUAGUAAGUGAGAAGCUUGCUCACGCUGACGCUGAGAAUGACGAGUAUAAGCGUGACUUGGAGUUGGCACUGGCUAUGUCGAAAGCGACCUACGAGGCAGAGAAUGAAAUCACAAUCCAGCUACCCCUUGAAGAGACGAAAGACGAGCUCAGCAGGCCGCAGUCUUCACAGUUCCAGCCGAAGAUAUUCACUGACACGUGCCCUGGGUUAUGUACCAAGCUGGAGCUAGAAGCGCGGCACAAGAUAUGCGAUCAUCUCGGCGUCACCCUGGCGGAAAUCGACGACCUUCCCGAUGAUGACCUGCAGUCGGUGCUUCUGAAGGCAAGUGCUCAGCGGCCAGCGUGUGCAUUUCAGCCGAGCGACCCUCGGCCCAUCUCAUUUACGACGGGCACUCCGAUGCUCGAGGAGCCUCCAGUUGACCCGUUGGCCGAGGACAGCGUCAAGGUCAUCUUCGACCCGUACGGCGAGAUGGGCGAGAUGUCAAUCGACGCCGAUGGCCCGAUUGCCGGGAGCGACCCCUACGCCGAGGCUGCCGACGUGGCUGGUGACCCGACCAGGGUCGGAUUGCUGGCGGCAGGCAUCGGCGACACCUCCCCCAUCCAGAUGCCGCGUGCGUUUGAGAGGGCCGAGCUCAUCGAGGCUCUCGACCUUGAGAUGCAGCGGUUGAGGGAGAACGUGAACUGCGACAGCGUAGACCAGUGCGAGUUCGCCAUGACGUCAUUCUACCAGAGCGACCUGAUUGCCAACCUUCGCUCUCAGCGCUCUGGCGAAGAAGUGGCCCCCUUGACGUUGCCCGAUGGGGAGCUCAUGCAGAGCCUGAAAGAGCGUGGAUUCGUUUUCAGCACAGAGAAACCAAAGGGCAAUCCCAUGUCUGGCAGGUGGGACCGAGCUUUAAAAAACAACGCGAAGCUGAGGCAAUAUUACAUGGAUGCCAAGGGGUACCUGAACAAGCAGGAGUUCCGUUCCACAUGGGCCAAGGGAGAAUACGAGAAGUGGGCAACGAAGCACGAGCUCACGAAGACCGAGACGCACAGCCUCGAGGACAUCAAAGAUGCAGAGUAUAUGUCUAUGGGCAGGGUUGCGUGGAAAUGCGGCGGCGGACGUUCUGGCAAUAAGAUGGCGCAGAACUAUUGCUACCAGUGCAUCCUGAUGGGCGGCAUCUGGUGCAAGUGGCGCAAGAUGACGCAGACUUUAAUGUUCUUGUGGACGAGCCACAAGCUCCGAGAUACGUGGAAGAGCGGCCACAGCGGGUGCACCGACAGCUCCCGCGGCCGCAACAGCUACGCCGACAGCUCCAGCGGCCCCAACGGCUACGCCGACAGCUCCAGCAGCCACAACGGCUACGCCGCCAGCUCCAACGACGCCAAGACGCCGAACGUCGCCGUCAAGAACCUGCACUUGGCGGAGAGCGGUGAGAAGCUAGCGCUGCCCAGCACAGAGAUCAAGCAGCCGCCCGCGCAGAAAGCAGGUGCGGGCGAGCCGCAGCCA